AUGCUACGAAGAAAAUCUGUACAUAAAAAUACUGAAAAUCCUGGUUCGAUGGCUAAUGUCUUUUCAUUAAAAGAUAUGCAAAGUCAACAUAGUGGAUUGAACGGAGAAUUUUUAUUAUAUCAAGUUAUUCUUAAACGUUUAUUAUCUGAAGGAUUAACAGAUUCUUCUAUAGAAAAUACACUUUGUGGUCAUUUUGAUCCUACCGAAGAAGCAGAUCGACGUAUUAUGUUAGAAUUUGAUAAAAGUUACAAAGCAAAUAAAGCUAUAUAUUGGUAUACACGUGAAUCAUGUGUCUAUCGUUUGUUAAAUAAAGCUUUACGAACACAAAGUAUUGGAGAUUUAAUUGCUUUUACUAAAUUUAUUCGUGAUUUAUAUAAUCAAUUAGCCGAUGAACAAAUUACAUUUUUAGUAACAAGUCCAUCAAUGAUUUUGAAAGUUUAUCGUGGACAACUUAUUAGUGUUGAUGAAAUUAAUAGAAUAAAAUAUGCUAAAGGUCAAUUAAUUUCAAUGAAUUCAUUUCUAUCAACAAGUACAAAUAGAAAACAAGCUUUAGAAUUUGCUAUGAGUGGUACAACAUCAGAUACAUUAACAACAAUUUUAUUGGAAAUAAAUCUUAAUUUAGAACAUCAAACUCGACCAUAUGCAGAUGUUAAACGUUUAAGUGCAUUUCCGAAAGAAGAUGAAAUUUUAUUUAUGUUUGGUUGUGUUUUUCGUAUUGAUGAUAUUUGGGAAGAUAAAGAAUUAAAAAUAUUUCGAGCAAUAUUAACAUUAUGUAGUGAUGAAGAUGGUGAUAUGAGAAAUUUACAAGAACAAUUAGAAAAAGAAUUAGAAGGAAAAAAUGUGUUAGUAUGUCUUGGGAGUUAUUUGAUGCAAAUGCAAAAAUAUGAUGAAGCAGAAGCACAUUAUUAUAUGUUAAUAGAAGAAAAAUUAAUUAAGAAUGAUUUUGAUUUAGCUACUUGUUAUCAUGAACUUUCUAAAGUUAAUAAAAAGAAAGGAGAAUAUGAUGAUGCUGUAAAACAUCUUAAUUUAGCUUUGAAUUAUUUAUUAAAAAGCUAUAAUAAUAAUGAUCAUCCACUUAUCGCACAAUGUCAUAAUGAUUUAGGUUUAAUUUAUUCUCAUCAAGAAGAGUAUUCACUGGCAUUUAAACAUUAUGAACAAGCAUUUAAAAGUAAAGGAAAUAAUCAGUCAAGAACGUAUUCUGGUUUAUCAAAAUUACAUAUGAAAAUGGAAAACUAUAUGAUUGCAUUAGAAUAUCAAUAUAAAUGUCUUGCAAAUCAAACAACAACAGCAGCACCAUCAUUUAUUGCAGAGACAUUUAUUGAAAUUGGAAAAAUUUAUACAACAUUAAAACAAUAUGAAAAAGCAAUUAAUAUGUUUGAAAAAGCUAUUAAUGUUCAAAAAAAAGUAUUAUCUUCAGAUCAUCCUGAUUUAGGUUAUACUUAUAUUGCAAUGGCAUCAAUGUAUUCAGAUUUUAAUGAAGAAAUAAAAGCAUUUGAAUGUAUGAAAAAAGCAUAUGAUUUACAAUUAAAAUCUUUACCUAAUACUCAUCCUGAUUUUGCUGAAACAUUUAAAAAUUUUGGUUAUCUUUAUAAAAAAAGAUCAGAUUUUGAUCAAGCAUUAAAUUAUUUUAAUAAAUUACUUGAAAAUCAAUUGAAAACUUUAUCAUGGAAACAUCCUGAUGUCGCUGAUACUUAUUCACUUAUUGGAAAUACUUAUUUAGCAAGAAAUGAUUAUGAUAAUGCUUUAAUUUAUCUUAAUAAACUUCUUGAUAGUCAACUUAAAAGAUUAGAAGAAGGACAUCCAGGAAUUACAGAAACAUAUAAUAUUAUAGCAAAUACAUAUUUAAAAAAACAAGAUAUAGAUGAAGCAUUAAUUUAUUUUCUUAAAUCACUUAAAAAUGAAUUAGAAAGAAAACUUCCUGAUGAUGCAUCAUUAAUUGAUACAUAUAAAAAUAUUUCAAAGAUCUAUUUGGAAAAUAAAGAUUAUUCUCUCGCAUUAAUUUAUUUCAAUCGAUUAAUUGAUAGUCAAGCACGAAUAAAACGAUCGGAAGAUGAACCAAUAGAUGAUACAUAUGAAAUUGUUGGAAAUAUUUAUUCACAAAAUAACUUUUUCGAUAGUUCAUUACUUUAUUUUGGUAAUUCACUUGCUCUAGAAUUACAAAAUCAAUUAUCAAAUAAAAUAGAAUUAACGGAUUCGUUUAAAAUGAUAGAAAAUGUAUAUUUUGAAAAAAGACAUUUAGAUUUAGUAUUACGUUAUUUUCAACAAUCACUUAAAUAUGACUUAGAAAAACUUUCACCAGGAGAUCCGCAAUUGAGUCAUUCAUAUAAAGUUAUUGGAAAUGUCCAUCUAGAGAAAAGAAAUAUGGAUGAAGCAUUAAUAUCUUUUCAACAAUUAAUGAAUAAUGAAUUAAUAACAAAAUCAUUCGAUGAUCCAUCAUUAAUUGAAAUCUAUACUAUUAUUGCAAAUAUUUAUGUUGAAAAAGAAAAUUAUGAUCAAGCAUUAAUUUAUCUUACAAAAUUAUUAAAUAAUCAAUUAACAACAAAAUCAAUAGAUCAUCCAACAUUAGCCGAAAUUUAUAAAACUAUUGCAAAUAUUUAUUUUAAAAAAUCUUAUUUUACUGAAGCCAUUAUUUAUUUCAAUCGAUUAUUUGAUUGUCAAUUACAAAACGAUUCAAACAAUCAAAGAGCAUUAAAUGAUACAUUGUUAAGUAUUGGAAAAGUUUUUUUAAACAUUCAUCGUUUUAAUCAAACUUCAUUGAAUUUUGGUGAUAGAUCAAAAAUAAAAUUAUUAAUAAUUACUUCAUUACCAAAAUCAUUUCGAAUAAUUUCAGUUAUUGAAAAUAAUCAUAAUGAACAACGUCAUUUCAAUCGAGUAAUACAAUAUUUUCAACAACUCAUAAGACAAAAUCAAACAUCGGAGAAUAUUUCAUUAAAUGAUUCAUAUAAAAUUAUUGCAAAUAUUUAUUUAGAGAAACAAAAUUUUGAUUAUGCUUUGAUAAGUUUUCGAAAAUUACUACGUCAUGAAUUAAAAUUAACACCAUUAAAUGAUUCAUUAUUAAUUGAAAUCUAUAAAGUUAUUGCUGUAAUUUAUUUUACGAAAAAAGAUUAUAAAAGUUGCAUAAAUUAUUUUCAAAAAUUAUUAAAUAAAGAAUUAGAAGAAAAAUUUAUUGAAGAUCCAUCAUUAUGUGAUAUCUAUAAAAUAAUUGCAACUAUGCAUAUGAAACAACAUGAAUUA